AUGAAGAGUCCCGAGCUCGUAACCUCCAAUUCGCUGGCGGCCAGACUAGACCUAGAGACUUCCUCCCGCAAGCACAGCGCACCCACCCCAGAACUUGUCGUGCCUGAGGGCAGGCAUGAGAACCUCCAUUCUGUUGAGAAGGCGGUUUCCGUCAUUCCAUUGUAUGAUUUAGCUCCUUUUUCUACACUAGAGCCCCUCCCGUUCCCCAUAGCUCUGGCAGCUGUCCCCGUUAUACGUCCGCAGUCUCGUUAUGGAGCGGCGACAAUUUUAGCGGGAGUAGUGUCUCCUGAUUCCACCAUACCUGGUCUGACGCCCAUCCCGUCGCGGCGCUUCGCUAGACGUAGCUCGCCACUUGCUGCUCGCCGCGCGCCGCGCACGCUUCAAGUGCCCGACGCCGUCGCCAAGUGGAGCGUACCAGAUCCUGCCACGCACGCGUUUGACGUGGAUGGCUCGGGGCAUCCCGACCAGCCUUUCUCGCCGUCCCCGCGCUCGCCGUCCCCCUACUCCCCGCGUGCGCGCCUCGCGCACUUCUCCAGCCUCCCCGUUCUCACGCUCGCGGAACAGCCCGACCCUGCGCCGCCAGCGUUCCCGAGAGUCGCGGCGCCCUCCUGGUCCGCGUUCGACAGGCUCAUAGAGGCGGACUUGGCAGAUGGACAUAGCUCGUCGGACGAUCAUUCAAUAUCGCAUGGUUCUAAUUGGCGACGGCAUAGCGUGGGGCAUCGCAAGCGUGUUUCCCUCGGAGGUCUGCCGGUUCCGGUCCCUGUUGACGCGAUUUCGCACUCUGCUGGUGUCGUUGCAACGUCAGAAGGAGCUGCAGCUGCGGCGGCCGCAGCAGCAGCGGCAGAUGCGGUGACGGUGGCUCCGCCGGUGCUAGGAGCAGGAGCAGCGGAUAGAGACGGACACUUGCAGCGUGAUUGCACGUUAAACGAGGGGAUUGCGGGGAUUGCGGGGAUUGCGGGGAGCGCCCACCCUCUGUCUCCUUCGCACGCACCGUACGACGCUUCCCCGGAUCCAGAUCGUAUCUUCACACAUCCAGCCAUGGCUGAUGCUUUUUCGCCCGUCACCCGCCCGUACCGCGAGAUCUCGCGCACCGCCAGCAGCGACUCCGCCGCUUUGAGCGACGCGAUAGGCGGCUCGAGCAUGCUAGAGCUGUCGCUGGAUCCAAUCGAUCGCCCGCCCAUGCGGCCGCUUCCGCCUGUGCCGAGCCAUGAGCGUCUUGAUAUGAUGGGGUUAGGGGGAAAUCUCAUCCCGCUGCGCAUGGUCCAAGACGGCAUGGAUCUAGGCUCGGCGGCGAUUUCCGCCGCGGUUACCCCGAUGCAUGGGUCCGCGGGCCGGGGGAUGGGCGGAGGAGGGGGAGCGGGAGGGGGAGGAGGCGCGGAGGGGUAUUUUUCCCACAGAGUGAAGCUGUUGGUGAGCCAUGGAGGGGGGAUUGUGCAUCAGGCGGGUUACCACCGCUUGCGCUACGUUGGUGGCGAGACGCGCCUGCUGUCCGUGCCGCGCCACAUGCGCUUCGUCGACCUGCAGUCGCGGCUCGCGGACAUUUACGGCCACAACGUCUUUAUCAAAUAUCAGUUGCCAGGAGAAGAUCUGGAUUCGCUCGUAUCCGUGUGCAAUGAUGAGGAUCUCGAGAAUAUGCUGGAGGAGUGCGACAGGGAGGCGCAAAAAGCAUCGGGCGGCCGCCGCGUGCGCAUGUUCCUGGGCGGCAGCGCGGGGGCCCUGGCGGUGCAGCAUAUAGAGAAGCGAGGCAGUGGUGUGGAUCCGGAUAUGGCGAGGGAGUUGAGGGCGGAGGCUGGUAUUGACAGGAGGAACAGCGGUGGUGCAGAAAUGCUUACUCCGUUUGAUUCUGCAAGCGGCGAAGCAGAUGCUGUCAGGCGUACUCCAGCAGGCGCAGCAGCAGCACCCGCACCAGCAGCAGCAGCAGCAGCAGCAGCUGGGCUGCCGUUAGCAAGCAUCGGUCCUGCAGAAUACGGUGGUUCCGAUUCUGCUCAUGCUCCUGCUCACCCAAUGCCCGUGCCACCGCACAUUCACUCCUUGACUGUGCUGCCGCCCUCACCCCUCUCACACACAACCUCCCAGCUCUCACCAGAUCGCAAACCCAUGCUGCCACUACCUCUCGAACCCCCCUCUAUGGCCCUCGCGACUAUCCCUUCUGCCGCAGCAGCAGCCGCCGCCGCCGCAGCAGCAGCAGCAGCAGCCGGAGCAGCAGCAACAGAAGGAGCAGCAGAUGCAGCAGCAGCAGCAGCAGCAGCAGCAGCAGCAGCAGCAGCAGCAGCAGCAGCAGCAGCAGCAGCAGCAGCAGCAGCAGCAGCAGCAGCAGCAGCAGCAGCAGCAGCAGCAGCAGCAGCAGCAGCAGCAGCAGCAGCAGCAGCAGCAGCAGCAGCAGCAGCAGCAGCAGCAGCAGCAGCAGCAGCAGCAGCAGCAGCAGCAGCAGCAGCAGCAGCAGCAGCAGCAGCAGCAGCAGCAGCAGCAGCAGCAGCAGCAGCAGCAGCAGCAGCAGCAGCAGCAGCAGCAGCAGCAGCAGCAGCAGCAGCAGCAGCAGCAGCAGCAGCAGCAGCAGCAGCAGCAGCAGCAGCAGCAGCAGCAGCAGCAGCAGCAGCAGCAGCAGCAGCAGCAGCAGCAGCAGCAGCAGCAGCAGCAGCAGCAGCAGCAGCAGCAGCAGCAGCAGCAGCAGCAGCAGGAGCUUAG